AUGGCUUUUUUGAAGAAAAAGCUGUCAAAUGUGAACUAUUCAAAUAGAUCAAGGUCUGGCUCAGCUUCAUCAAAUAAAGUGUCGUUGGGAUCGCCGUCAACGCCCAAUAGCCCCGAUAUUAAGAUCCCAGAGCUGCCCCCAAAAAUCCCACUCGAAAAUAGUGGUGUCAGGACUCCUUUGGGCGAAAACUUGCAUUCUGAACAUUCAGCAGGAAAUAGUAGUGGCAGUGGUGGAUUUACUUUUGAAGACCAUUCAACUCAUGAAAACCGCUCCGUGGCUGGUGCAAGCAUGAUGCACCAUCUAGAAGCACCAGAAUCGGCGAUACAACCGUGGCCACUGCGAAAAACGUCUAGUGGAAACGGUAACUCGCUGGACAAACUACUUUACUCUUGGGAUGUCACAAACCCUGAAGAAUGGUCGAUGCUUCGAGUAUUGUCGUGGCUCAAAUUCAACGACUUUGAUGUGUCAUGGCUGGCAUAUUUCCGGAAACGCCAUCUUCAUGGCCACAGAUUCUUAAAACUGAUGGCGUACGAUAAUUUCGCCCCGCAUGAACCCAACCUGUCACAAACCAAAUUUGCAUCGUACCAACGAUUCCAGUACAUUUUGAAGAGAACGUUGGAACAAAACGUGGUGAAUGGUCAUAUAAGGACCCGAAGCGACAAAUCUAUGGGUUCCAGAAGCUCAAGCGAGUCUUAUAAGUUUCGAACUAAAAAAAGAGAGGAAGACAUCAAUAGCAGGGCGAUUUCAGACUCAUCUGUGUCAGGCCACAAGAAAACACCGUCUGAAAAUAUUGACGAAAGACCUUCAUCUCAGUACCGAAAUCAUCAAAAGACCAAUAGCGCUAGCUCCGUUUACCGUCGAAGUUUGAUCUCUCUGCGUGGCAGUAACUCUGGCGGAUCUCAGAAUAAGACCGAUACAGCCAUUAAGUUAAAAAUUCCCACACGCCCUUCCUCCUCUCUAGAUAACCCAACCACCUCUGAGCGACAAGGGACGCGUGUCUCGUCGUCUCCAUUGUCGCCAACAUACACAGGCAGGUUCCGGAAACAGCAUAAAAGUAGCUCUUCGGAAUCAUCCAUCUUCAAUACUUUAUUUGGCGGAAGCAGUGAAGCCGAAGAACAAUAUUUGGCCAAAGAUUCAUCCCAAAAUAAUUCAAACUCACUCAGAAGUACGUCAUUGGAAAAUCUUUCUCUUGAUGCACCACUUGCAAGCCCGCUGGGCGCUACCAGCUCGCGGAAAGUGGGUUUGGCGUCCACAGACGAGAAGGGCAGCUUAUGGGAAAAGCUGAAAAGAAAAUCUGUGCAGUUGGACACGUUAAGCAAGACUUCUACAGCCGAACAAGACACGGAAUCAUCAGGAACUAGGACUCUGGUCAACUCGAAAAGUAACGGAUCAGAGGAAAUUAGUUUGAGCAACCUGAUGCUUGAAAAGAAGUACUACCCAAUAAAAAACUCUGGAGUCACUGACAAAUACAUUUUGAUAACCAAGGAUAACAGGUCUUUCAUACCCAUGAAUGUUGGAGUCAUCACAAACUUGGAAGAAUUAAAGGAUUCAAUGGCUCUCACACUAGGUAUCCGCCACAACAAAUACACUGUUCAUUUAACUGAUUUUGGAUGCGAUAUGGGCUGUGCAAUUGACGACGAGCUACUAGAGAACAUGCGCAACAACCUAUUUCAAAACAUUCCCAAAAAGUUCUUCAUCAAAGACCAAAUGACAAUCAAGCUUCGCCCGGCUAUCAAAAAUACGGUCAUAGAAGCCGCGGCACCAAUCAAAACGGUAAAAAGCAAAGGGUCUAUGAAAUCAGCUCAUAGCAGCUCCAUCGCUUCUAAUGAUGAUAAUUCGGCGGCGACAUCUCUGUCAGAUGUAACGUCAUUUGAUGACCUAGCUCGUGCCUCAGGACGUGCUGCAUACCCUCGCACUCCCAACUCUUAUUAUGGUGCCGUUAUACCCAGCUCUAACUCCGAGAUUGACUACUGGACGCUGAAAGACUCUCAGGUGGAUGAUCAAACUAAUCCCAAUGAUCGCGCAAGACCAACCGGAAGAGGUUCCUCUCCUGGGGAAGCUAAUGUGAAGCGCAAGGUCGAGGCACAUCAAAGUCACUCCUUUCAAGUCUUUAGGAGAAAAAGUGACGAUGAAAUAAACUUCAACAAUCGCCGUGCCUCACCAUAUGCGACACCGGAUUUUGCCCCAAGGAGAGAAGCUCCUAAACCACCUUCAGGCUCCCAAAGCUCCUUAAUAUCUUCGGGACCCAACAGCACAACUUCAUCUCCUAAAUCUCAAAAAAUCGCCAAUAGACCUAGUGUCACACGCAAAGUUCGACCUCCACCUCCUCAGACGAGUUGGAAUAUAUUCACUGCCGGCGCUGCAGGUACCUCACCAAAUAGCUUAUCGAGCACUCAACCUGGGCAACCCGAAUCACAGAUAAACUCUUACACUCCAGCUUCAACACAGGUUUUAGUACCUCAGCCAUACAAGGGCAAUAACAACGAGGGGAAAAUGAGCACGGAUGAUACAUCUUUGUCUACUCUCUACCAAUCUCGAGUAGGUCGCUCAAACACUCAACAAUCAGGUGUAAGCACAGUCAUUCAACCACCUCCCCAACUAUUCAAAAGAACAAGCACGAAAAGGAUCGUUUCAUCGGCAUCUGCUGCCGACAUCUUUGAUGAGAACGAUGUCUCAUUUGCAGAGGCACCAGAACUUUCUGACCUCGAUGAUACUGACACACAGAGCGACUCGUCGGCGGACAUUAUCUGGUCGAACUCUGCAAAGUCGUCUAACCCCGAAGCGAACACUGGUAUUCAAAUUGCUGUUCAUUCUGCGAGCAAAGAACAAAUCAAUGACAGCAGUUCAGCAGAGCAUUUAGACGUCAGAAAAACCCAACCCGAAAAUGCCGAGAAUACCCUGUCCGACGAUCAAAUGACUCUCAGACCUUCACCUGAGAUUGUUUACCAGAAUCUUGAGCGCUUUUUUCCAGGUACCGACUUAGAUAGACCCAUUGUCGAAGGUGUUACUCCUCCAGCUUCCCCACAGAGCCCCAAAGCAUCGUCUCCGAUUUUGCCUAAACCACAAAAAGAGUCACCAACUUACGAGCCGCGGUCGGCAAAUAGCUCCAGGUUAGGAACACCGCAAACAAUGAUAGCGCAUACAGCUCAGGAACCCUCCGAUAACUUGUCUAUCUCCUCUCGAUCUCUAAAGGUCCCGAAGCGAACAAAAACCAUUAGGACAAUUGCGCGAGAAGCUAGCGAAGCAAGGAGGACGUCUAAAACUCGCAGCCUGGAAAGGAAAAAUACGAAAAUGUGGGGAACCCGCGUUGUAGAAGUAACUGACAAGAAGAUGGUUGCGAUAAACAAGUCAAAAAAUUCGAACGGUGAAUACAAGGAAUUUGCCUGGAUCAAGGGAGAAAUGAUAGGUAAGGGUUCAUUCGGAUCAGUGUUUUUGGGCCUUAACGUGACGACUGGAGAAAUGGUGGCGGUCAAGCAGGUUGAAGUUCCCAAAUACGGUACUCAAGAUGAGACAACUUUGAACGUCUUAGAGGCUUUAAGGUCCGAGGUCUCAACACUUCAAGAUCUAGACCAUGUCAACAUUGUACAAUACCUUGGGUUCGAAAACAAAAACCAUUUUUACAGCUUAUUUCUUGAAUACGUGGCUGGUGGCUCCGUUGGAUCUCUCAUACGGACGUUUGGUUGCUUCGAGGAAGCUCUGGUUCGAUUUUUGGUGGUACAAGUUUUGAGAGGGCUCUCGUACUUGCACUCUAAGGGAAUACUUCACCGUGAUAUGAAAGCUGACAACCUCUUACUAGACGUGGACGGUGUUUGCAAAAUCAGCGAUUUCGGUAUCUCAAAAAAAUCUAGUAACAUCUACAGCAACUCUGACAUGACUAUGCGAGGCACUGUUUUUUGGAUGGCACCUGAAAUGGUCGAUACCAAGCAAGGUUACAGUGCGAAGGUUGACAUAUGGUCACUGGGCUGUGUUGUCCUUGAGAUGUUUGCGGGCAAGCGUCCAUGGUCAAAUCUCGAAGUUGUAGCAGCGAUGCUCAGAAUAGGCAAGUUCAAAUCUGCCCCACCUAUUCCGGAAGAUACACAGAAGUUGCUUUCACCUGAAGCCCGGGACUUUUUAAGUGCAUGUUUUAAGAUAGAUCCCGAAGAAAGGCCAACCGCUGAGGAAUUGCUGCUGCAUCCAUUUUGCAAAGUCGAAGAGUCGUUCACGUUCCGCGAUACUAGCCUGGCAACACUGAUCAGGUACAACGAUAAGUGUAACUCCAGCAAGUUGAAAACAGAAAGCGGACGGCAGGUACUUGAGAAGGGCACUUCUUGA